AUGCUCGUCUUCGUCGCCGGGAAGCUCACCUCGCUCCCUUUCGCCGCGUGCAAGGACCAGGUCACCACCGUUGACUGCCAGCCAUCCGGCCCCGCUGGCGACAUGCUCGUCUUCGUCUCCGGCGCCCUGCAGAUCGGCGAGGGCAAGCACCUCCUCAAGUUCUCGCAGAUGUUCCAUUUGAUGCCAGCAGAACCAGGGAACUUCUACGUGCAGAACGACAUGUUCCGCCUGAACUAUGGCUAAGAAUGUCUUCCAGAAACAAUGUAGUUCUGGUUUUGUGUCGAAUGAUGUAAAAUUAAUGCUGCAUUAGUUUCAGCGGCUGAGUGAUCUGUUGCGAGGGAUUUUGGAUUCCCUAUAUGGAUCACUACUCUCCUUUUUUUUCUGAGAAUUAUGAAUCGGUACUUUAGGAUUUGUUAUUUUCCUCGUCUUGUAACUGUGGCAAUGGUGUCAGUUUUAAG